UCUGAGACGGUGAGUUGGUGAGUUUUCUCGUAGUCUCCGGUGAAGUCUGCUCCUGCACCAUGCGUUCCUCCCGCAGUAUGGUGAGCUAUUCUACCCAGGCUCCUAGGUAUUCUCAGAGCCUUCACUUCUCACCGCGGCAGUCGUCCAUCAGCACCACGUACUCCGUGCGCUCCGGUGGCCGCAGCUCGGCCGCUGGGUUUGGCAGUGGCUUGAGCUUUGGUGGCGGCGGCGGUGGUUACAGCUUCGGCAGUGCCUCUUCCCUCAUGAUGAGGGGCGGUGGCGUGGUCGGCGACGAGAAGAACACCAUGCAGAACCUGAACGAGCGCCUGGCCAACUACCUGUCGACGGUGCAGCGGUUGGAGCAGUCCAGCAAGGACCUGGAGAAGGAGAUCCGCGAGUUUGGAGCCACCACUGUCGUCAAAGGCUUUGACUGGUCGGUAUACGACCAGAGGGUCAGACCCCUCCAGAAGCAGAUACUGGAUGCGAUCCUGCAGAACUCCAGCAUCGCUCUGGAGAUUGACAAUGCCAAGCUGGCAGCUGAGGACUUUCAAAACAAGUGGCAGUCAGAACUGAUGCUGAGGCAGUCUGUGGAGAAUGAUAUUGAUGGGCUUCACCAGCUGAAGGAGACGUACCUGCAGCUACAAGGCAACCUGAACAAUGACAUCACUGGGCUGGAGGAUGAGAUUUCCUUCCUGAAGAAGAACCAUGAUGAGGAACUGAAGAUGUUGCGGCAGCAGAAGACCCAAGAGGUGCAGGUUGAGGUGGACUCGGCUCCAACCCCUGACUUGACUGCAAUCCUAGCAGAACUCAGGGAGAAGUACACUGCUCUUGCUGAUCAGAACCAAGCAGAGAUGGAUAAGUGGUACAGGGAACAGGUGUCGAUUAAAGAAGUAGAGAUCGCUCAGAAUGACCAGGCUAUCUCCGGUGCUAAAGCCGAGCUGUCUCAGUAUCGUCACCAAUUGCAGGGUCUUGAAGCUGAAUAUAACGGCUUACUUGGAAAUGUGAACGCACUGAACAACACUCUGGAUGAAACAGAGGCAUCGUAUGCCAGGGACCUUCAGAAUUUACAGCUCAGAAUCAGACAGCUGGAGGGUGAACUAGCAAGUGUCAGGAAUGAACUGGUGCGCCACAACAACGAAUACGAUAGGCUCCUUAACAUCAAGAUGAAGCUGGAAGCUGAGAUCAACCAGUACAAAGUUCUCCUGGCAGGUGGUAAUCAAAGCCUGGUUACCAUUGGAUCAUCUUCCUCUGGCUUCUCAUCUGGUACAGGAGGUAGUCGGACAACCAUCACGACCACUGAAACCAGAGAAAGGAUUGUGAAUUGAAGACUCCACCUGAGGGCUUCCUGGGACCCUGGAUCAAGGCCCCACAACUCGUGCUUGCUGCUGUGGCUUCUGCUGGAAUCCCUGGGAUGUGGCCUUCCUGCUCCCCUUUGCUCUUCACCUAGCACUUCUGGGAAAAAAUGUGGAUGGCAGAACUGAAUUAUCCUACAGCUCCCUUCAAUCACAUUGCUUCCAACAUGGUUGUCACAGACAGCUAGCCUUCAUCUGCUGUCCUCACCUUCCUUUCAUUGAAAGGGAAAGGGACAGUCCCACCCACCUGACCAUGCUGGGUGCUGAAGCUGUGAUGGCUCUUGUUGCUGGUCAGUCUGCUCAUAGAGCUACCAACAAUUGCACUGUUACUAUGGAGAUGGUAAACCUAUUCCCAUCCAUUCCACAAAUGGUAGGCAUGUCCCAAGUAGAGCCCUGCCUGUGGAGCAGACCUCUCUCAGUUGUCAGAGGACAGCUUAACCUCACCAUCCACUCAAGCACAAGUUGAGCAGCCACAGUCCUGAUCUAACAGAUGUUCUCCAUCUCACAGCUGGACCAGUGCCUGACAGCUGUGGAGACUCACUGGGUCCUGGAGUGACUGGUCAUGGGGCCAGACCAUGGGAGUUGGUCCCUGGGAGCUGUGGGGCAUUCUGUAGUUCCACACUUCUUAUACUUGCUUUCUGUUCAAACUCUGUCAAUAAAUGAUAUCUGCUCUGACCAUAA